UUCAUUCUUUCUUCAUAUCCAUUCAUCAUUGCCCUUCUGUUCCAUUCAAUUCUUCAUCUUCCGUUUUUACAUUGUUGUAAUGAGGAAGCCUUGCUGUGAAAAGAAUGGCACCAACAAGGGAGCCUGGAGUCAACAUGAAGAUCAAAAGCUCAUUGACUAUAUUCAAAAGCAUGGAGAAGGCUGCUGGCGCUCCAUUCCUCAAGCUGCUGGGUUGCUUCGGUGUGGAAAAAGUUGCAGACUGAGAUGGGUAAAUUAUCUGAGGCCAGACCUUAAACGUGGCAACUUUGGCCAAGAUGAAGAAGACCUUAUCAUCAAGCUCCAUGCACUUCUUGGAAACAGGUGGUCACUGAUAGCUGGAAGAUUGCCAGGAAGAACAGACAAUGAAGUGAAGAAUCACUGGAACACCCAUCUGAAAAGGAAACUGGUGCAAAUGGGAAUCGAUCCCAAAAAUCAUCAUAUAAGACACAAGACAGCUCCGGCCAAAUCCUUUGUUUCAAACCAAAAAUGUAAUUCUGCAACUGAAGAAGACGAUAAUCGAGUGUUGGAUUCUGUGAAUGGUCCUGAGAGUUUUGCAGUUAGCGGUUUGCCUGAUCUUAAUCUUGAUCUUAAUUUGUGACGAUUAAGGAUAGAUAAUGCCAAUGUGGAAUGACAUUAAUGAUUAAGGAUGAUUUUUGUGUGAUUAA